GGUUUCCCCUCUAGAAAUCCCGUUUACAUCUGAUGGCGCCCCCAGUUUAUCCUUUUUUUGAAGACGCAAGGAUGGCUAAGUGGAAAGAAGUGGUGCUCAAGAACUUUAGCAUAUUUCGAGAACAACCUCAGAGGACGCAUCCAUCGCCGCCCAUUCUUUCUUCAUCCUGUCCCACAACGUCCGGCAUGCCUCCGGUUAGGCCGAGUGCUGUAACGCACUCAUCGGCAUGUCAGGAUCACGUAUAUGUCCGGCUUUCUCUACCCGAUGUUCAUGUAGAGGAUGAAAAGGUGUCCUCUUCACAGUCCAGCUACUCACUACCCGCUGUCCGGAAAAGAUCUCCAGUUAACCGGGCCCGAUCCAUGGACGCUCGAGCGAUGCCAUGUCCCGUACCCCGACUCUCCAUCUGUACCAGAUGUGAGAGUCAGACAGGGGGCCCAGCGUCGCCUUCUUACCUCAGGACUCCAUCUCCGGAAACAAGAUCUCCGGAUCCUGUCUUGAGGCCCGUCAGCCCCACCUCAGGGGGGAUCAGGCCCAGAUCUCUCAGCCCCCUGCUCUCCCCGGCCUACUCGCAGAACUCGCAGAGCUCCAGGGACUCCAAGGAUUCGGACUGCGGAGUGAGUCCCGGAUCUGCUAGCCCACUCGGAUCCAUUCAGCCAGAUUUGUAUAAGAAAAAGGAUAUGGUCUUCUUCCACCAAUCAACGGACAGCCAAGAUGGCACUAAAUACGGCCGUCUCCAUUUCCGCCUUAAAUACGAUUUCGACAGAUCGGAUUUGGUUGUCCACGUGAUAGAAGCCUUAGACCUGGGAACGCUUUCAGAAAAUGGUUUCAAUGACCCUUACGUAAAAGUAUCCCUCAUACCGGAAGUGGAUUCUAAAGUCCGACGAACAGACAUCAGAAGGAAUUGCUCGGAUCCCUUUUUCAAUGAGAUUUUUAAGUUUCCUGUCACAUACGAUGAGUUGGCCGACAAAUCACUGCUUUUCCAAGUAUUCGAUUAUGAUAGGUUCUCCCGGAAUGAUGUCACAGGUGAAGUUCGGAUACAAAUGUGCGAAGUGGACAUCACUUCUGAAAUAGAAGUCUGGAGCGAAAUACAAAAAAGUGGAAGAGUAUCUCAAGACAGACCUGAAAUUCUUCUGUCAUUAAGUUACCUACCUUCUGCAGGGCGUUUGACUCUCGUAGUUCUUAAGGCUUCCAAUCUGGUUUCGCCUGAUACUAAAGACUACCCAGAUGCUUAUGUCAAAGUAAGUCUCACUUCUGGAGACAAUAAAAAGAUUAAGAAGAAAAAGACUACCACGAAAAAAGGUGCCAAUAACCCAGUAUGGAACGAGGCGCUCAGUUUCGACGUCACAGAAGACGAUUUGAAGCACUGCCACCUGGUGGUGAGUGUAGUGAAUUGCCAUCACGGUCACAGCCCACUCUUGGGAACUUGCGUCCUAGGGCACAGAGGACAUGGCCAAGGUUCUGUCCAUUGGGAUAAUAUAGUUCAGAACCCGCGGAAGUCGAUGGCCAUGUGGCAUCCACUUUACAUUUGACAAACAGGCUAAUAAGCUGAUUUCGUCAGUUGAUUGUUGUCUGUCUGAACACACUUAUGUUGUGUGUCAUGGGGUAUUUUUAGUACUCCUUGGUCAAAAAUAUAUAUCGGGUACGAGCCAUGCUUUGGUGUGAAAAUACUUUACUUGCUAAUAGAUGGGAGAAUGCAC